AUGUUUAAGAAAUUCUCUAAAGAAGAUGUGCACUCACGUUCCAAAGUGAAGUCCUCGGUUCAAAGAACCUUGAAGACCAAGCUGGUUUCCCAAUAUCCUAAGCUAGAAGAUGUUAUUGAUGAAUUGAUUCCAAAGAAGAGUCAAAUCGAGCUUAUCAAAUGUGAGGACAAGAUACAGCUAUAUACGGUUGACGAGGAAGUGUUGUUCUUUCAGAAAUUCAACGACUUAAUUCCAAGUUUGAAACUAGUACACAAAUACCCAGAGGCAUUCCCAACUGUGCAAGUGGAUAGAGGUGCCAUCAAGUUCGUACUUUCCGGUGCCAAUAUUAUGUGUCCCGGUCUGACUUCCGCUGGUGCUAGCUUGCCAGAGGCCCCAGGUUUGGAGAAAGGAACCAUUGUAGUGAUCAAUGCCGAGAACAAGGAAAAUGCUCUUGCCAUUGGUGAACUUAUGAUGAGCACUGAGGAAAUCAAGUCUAUCAACAAGGGUCACGGUGUUGAGCUAAUCCACCACUUGGGUGACCCACUAUGGCAUUUCACUUUGUAA